UGAGCUCUGCAGGAUGAGACAGGUGUAUAUAAGAAUCUAUUGCAAGAGGUCUCACAAAGAGUGGGAGCAUCUUUGCCUGCUUAUUCGACUUUCAGAUCUGGUCUAGGUCACCUUCCUAUUUUUACAUGUACUGUAGAGUUGGCCGGCGUGAUAUUUACUGGUAUGCCAGCCAAGAACAAGAAGCAAGCAGAAAAGAAUGCUGCCAUGGCAGCUUGGUUAUCUCUCAAAUCUCUAGUCCAACAAACCGAGCUUCCUUAUGAAAGGUCCCAUAAGGAUGAGCAGGAGCAUGUGACGGUUGCUCGUGCGCUGCAGAAGUAUCUAAUAAAGGCUAGAUUGGCAAGAACAUCUUUUCCAAUAAAAUUUCCUACACUAAACCUAAGGCCAUUGAGUACACCGCAGUCUCCAAUUACAACAUCAAAAAUCCUUCCCUUGAUAUGCCCGAAAACUGCUCAACGCAACAGGCCUAAUCCAGCCUUGAACAACAACCCCACAUUCCAAAUGAAUGUCAGGCCAACAAGCCAGCCAAUGGUUACAGUUCCAAAUGAAAGUCAGUCAUCGUUGGCGGAUAUCUUCAAACCCCGACCUCAGAAGUUUCCCGCAGUAGGAGCAGCACCCUAUAUUCCAGUCGGGCACUGCAACCCACACAGUAGGAUCGCACCACCAGUGACAAUUCGGAAUAUGAUUCCUGUAUUCUCUGCACCACCCCUUCCUUCACCGCAGUCCUUACACAUGGCACCACCCGUGUCUAUUAGACAAGCUGUUCCUGUAUUUGCUGCUCCAGUUCGGGUGGAUGAGGUGUCUUCCAUGGUGCAUCCAUCUGUUAAAGUAGAGGAUCCUCGGAUCCCCAGACCCAUUACACCUCAAGUAGAGGAGCCACUAUUCUCUAAAGCUGUACAAGUUCAAGGUGACCUACCCACAACCGAAGCUCUCACAUCAGUUGAAGAGACGGCAUCUGCUGAACAGGACAAGCAGCAGGAGCCAGUUGAGGCCAAAAUUGAAGGCUUGGAAGAUCUGAAGAUAUGAUAUUGGAAUGGCCAGCUUCAUUCAGUAAGGGUUAUCUAGGUUUUGGAAUCUCUUUUUUUUUUUAUUUAAUUUUUUUGCCCGUUUCUCUUUUUGAUUUUACUUAUUCUGUUGUGGGGAGAAAUCUUCUGAUUCUAAGAGUUAAAACUUCUCAAUUUGUCUGAGCGAUGUUGAGAGUACAUGCUCUGUUUGUCUGUUGUCUUAGGAGACUUAAAUUAGCAGUAUGCAGAAACGAACCUUUUCUUUGUGGCUAUUAAGUAGUUACAUUAGAUA